UGGCGGCAGCAGCAGCAGAGACAGGGGAGGAGCGCAGCGUGAGGUUGGAAUGUGGUGGUGGAAGCGGCAGCAAUGUAGCGGCUGGGAGCAGGGUUGAACUCGGAUUGUAUCCCUUAGGGCGUGAGAGCGGAGAGCCCGUACUCGACCAGACCCUAGCCCCUGCCGGACAGCAGCCGCCGCCGAGUCCCCGACCCACCCCCAAAACUCAGCAGCCGGAGGAAGAGGAGCGCCUUACAACGCUUGUAAAAUGUGAUAAAAUGACACAGGAGAAAAACAAAAGAACAAGCCGCCCUGUCAUGCUAACCAAAAAUAUCAUGAGAGAUCCGAGUGCACAACAAGGAAUUGGUCGGCCUAGCGUUUAUCAUGCAGUAGUUGUCAUCUUCUUAGAAUUCUUUGCCUGGGGACUAUUAACUACUCCAAUGUUAACAGUUCUGCAUGAAACCUUUCCCAAGCAUACAUUUUUAAUGAACGGCCUUAUUCAGGGUGUGAAGGGUUUUUUAUCAUUUAUGAGUGCUCCACUGAUUGGUGCUUUGUCUGAUGUGUGGGGGAGGAGAUCGUUUCUUUUACUGACAGUGUUUUUCACAUGUGUCCCAAUUCCUUUAAUGAGGAUAAGUCCAUGGUGGUAUUUUGCCGUUAUCUCAGUGUCUGGUGUUUUUGCAGUCACUUUUUCAGUAAUAUUUGCAUAUGUAGCUGACAUUACUCAAGAACACGAGAGAAGUACAGCAUAUGGGCUGGUAUCAGCAACUUUUGCAGCAAGCUUGGUAACCAGCCCUGCCAUCGGUGCUUAUCUUUCAAAUAAAUAUGGUGAUAACCUUGUGGUACUCGUAGCCACUGUGAUUGCUGCAUUGGACAUUUGCUUUAUCUUGGUAGCUGUCCCUGAAUCUCUCCCUGAGAAAAUUCGAUCAGCUUCUCGAGGAUCACCUUUCUCAUGGGAGCAAGCAGACCCUUUUUCUUCCUUGCGGAAAGUUGGGAAGGACAUCACUGUGCUGCUCAUCUGCAUAACUGUAUUUCUCUCAUACCUGCCUGAAGCUGGACAGUACUCUAGUUUUUUUCUUUACCUUAAACAGGUCAUCGACUUUUCUUCUGGCAAUCUGGCUGCCUUUAUAGCUGUCGUGGGAAUCCUGUCUAUAAUAGCACAGACUGUAUUUCUUAGUAUCCUAAUGAGAUCCAUAGGUAAUAAGAACACUGUUCUCCUUGGCCUUGGAUUUCAGAUGUUACAGCUGACUUGGUAUGGAUUUGGAUCCCAGCCCUGGAUGAUGUGGGCAGCUGGAGCUGUGGCAGCAAUGUCUAGUAUUACUUUUCCAGCAGUCAGUGCUCUGGUUUCAAAAAAUGCGGAUUCUGAUCAACAAGGUGUUGUGCAAGGAAUGAUCACAGGAAUCAGAGGGUUGUGCAAUGGCCUUGGGCCUGCUCUGUAUGGUUUUAUUUUCUAUAUAUUUCAUGUGGAGCUGGAGGCAAUCUCUGACAAGAAAGUCGAUGUACAAAACUCCAAAGUAGAGGAUUCUAUUAUUCCUGGACCACCUUUCUUAUUUGGAGCCAUUACAGUCCUGGUAGCUUUUUUGGUUGCCUUAUUUAUUCCAGAGCAGAGCAUCUCUGGAAAAGUUAGUAAUGGAAGGAAGCAUAGUAGCAAUCUUGGCAACAAUCCCACCACUCCACCCAUUAGCAGUGAUGAGGACAAUGAGCCACUGCUGCAGGACAGCAGUGUGUGAGCUUUGAAGAAAAGGAGCAGCUCUAAACAAAAACACCAUGUGUUGACGCCAGUGAAUCUCCUGGACAUUGAACGAUUGAAUGGUUUGGAAAAAUUGGAAAUAAUUUUGAAGGGCUACUUUGAGGACUGCAGAAGUGGAUGUAACUGUGUUUAUGGUUGCUUCAUUUCUAUUGCAAGCUACUUACAUCCAAUGUUCAGCACUGCCAGUUCAAGUACUAAAAGUGUCAUCCUGGUCAAAGUAGUUCCAUACAGUACUGCUGACCAGCGCUCAGACUGUUUUGGAGAACGACACAGUCAGAGCCACGUCUCAGGGUUGUAACAUACACACCAGUUGAAAGGGGAAAGGAACAUUAUUUGUGAAAAUUCAGUCUGAUAUACUCAAUAUGUAAUAAGCUCCUUCCCAAUUUGAUUUCACACUAUGACCCCUUAGCUGUAAUAGUUUCAUACUAUGACCUUUAAACCCAAAAAUGAUCAAAUCUACCAAGUCCGUAAACAUUUCAGUCUUUUUCUUUUUGUUGAAUCCCUGAAACUCCAUAGAAUGUAAAGAGUGGGGAGAAGGGACUCAAAUGAUUUGCGUAGAAAUAUGUGUAUAAAUGUUUGAAGAUAGCUAUGCAAAUCGAAAUGGUCACUUGACUUUGCAAAGUAUUGUGAAAGGCAGUCUAUAAACCUACAGUUUGAACUUCCCUCAGCCUUCUUGCAAAUUUGAACCAAAUACAUGGUGGACAUAUUUGCUUGUUUGUAGAUGAAUAAAGCAGCAUUUAUUCAAUCACUGAAGUUAUAACAAGUGUAGAUCCUUAUGAAAACAUCUCAGACAGUUGAAUUUCUAAAAGUAAAAGAUACUUUUUUUUAAUUUGUAGGGUUAAUUGAAAGUCUGAUGCAUACCUCUUGACUUCUUCAUUUUGUUAGAAGGCUGUGGUUGAAGUAUCGCUGCUAAAGAUUAUUUUCUGAUAACUUUUAGCUAAGCAUAAAAUUGACCUGUGAAAAUACACAGUGGUUUUCUAAAGAAAAGCAUAACUUGGAUUAUCUAAUACUAUUUUUGACAUGAAUUUUAUAUUUAAUGUAUGAGGCAAAUGUGGUGAUUGAAUGAAAAGCUGCUUUUGUUUUGGAGUUAAAAAGGUUUCACUAAAACUUUAGAAAGUUGUCCAGUUUGGCCGAUUAACCAUGUUUCCUGUUCUUUCCUUGCACUUGGCCUUGCUAACUAUGCAAAGGCUCAAAUACUUAAUCUGCUACCUCAGCUUUAGCCUAUAUGCAAGCAGCUUUGUAGGCCUGCUACCUUUAAUUCCAGUCUCUUCUCUGCUACUCUGUGCAUUAAGGCAUAAGCUAAAUGGAUUGAGUUCACUUUUGAACCUGAGAUGCUGCUUUUAUGCAAUUCUUUUGGCACUUAAUAUCAAGAAAGAAGCGUUCUAAUGAACUGCUUGCCAGUUCAAUCUGUUUUGAAGCACAUUCCCAUGAACCAUCUUUGAACUGAGUGUACUUGGAUAAGCUGACUGAUGAAAUUGUUCCAUUGAAUAUAAUUUUGCAAUUAAAAAGCUUAAUUUGGUAGAAAUUAAUAGAAUUAUGAUUUAUCAUUAUUCUACUCUCAUUCUGGCAUUUAUUUUUACAACUUUGGAGAAUGAUUUUCCCUUUGUAUUGGUUUUUAAACUGUCUAAUAUAAUUGAAGAUCAUGUUUCCCAGACCUUCCAAAAUGUAUUUUCAUGAAUAAGAUUGUCUUAAUCAUCUGCUUUAAUGCUCACAUGACAGGAAAACAAACUGAUUAUUCCCUCAUCAAUUUUUUUUCCCCUGAUAUUAAAGCUAUUUUGCCAUCAGAUAUUAAGAGAUGCACUGAACAAGGUCAUUUUGAGAGUACUUUAUGCCUUAUAAUGUGACCAUUUACUUGGUAAUUUCAGUUGUUAAAAGAAUUUUAACUUCAGUAUCAGGUUGGAAACAACAUCAGUUUUUUUUUAACUGGGAUUUGUUUCAUGGAGAAAGUAGCAAAAACCUAGACUUGGACUCUUUCUCAGAAGCUUUGCUUAUCGGUAUGUUUGGAGAAGUGAUGUUUACUGACAUUGAGCAUUAAUAAAAUGUACCCUCUGAUCAGUUUUACAGGGUGUGGUUAGAUCACUGUUAGCACAACUUUAAUAGUGAUCCUUGUGUAACAAAGACUCCAAGAACCCUGUUUUAAUUGUUUUUCUCAGUCCAUCACAGUCUAAAAUGAAUUUUUCAUUACAGAAUUCAACUGUUUUGUUGUUCUUCAGAUAUGCUAAAGAUAACAUUGAAAUCAUGUUUCCAAUUUAAAAUUUCUACAGUUAUUUCAGAGUAAUUUAAAAUGUGGCCCACCUUAUUUCUCAAUACUCUGGAGUUUGGUAGUGAUCUGUAUCCUCACAGAUUGUUCUCAUGUGCAAUGUGUUGUAUAUUGUGAAGAGAAUUCAGAAAAAAGAAGUAAUCUUCAGUUUUUUAAGAAAAGUUGUAUAUUAUAAAAAUAUAUUUUUCUGAACUGAAAUUCACAAAAGCAGAGAUUUUCAGGCAUCUUGGCACUGAUAUUGUUCGUAUCCUAUUGGUCAUAUUACCACUUUAUUCAAAUGUGCCUCAUUGGAACUGUAAAAAUGUAAAAAAAACCUUUAAAAUAAUUUAUUAAAAUAAGUAAACUCAACAAA